UGUCAGUUUCAGGGGCAGUUGUAUGAGUAAGAGAUGACACAAUUUAAGUGGUCAAGAGCCAUCUCUGUAGCUAAGUUGAGGCAGGGACAUGUGAUGGGGGCAGGUUAGAAGGCGGGAUUGUAAUACAAGUAAACAGAUUCAACCUAUUAUAAAAGCAGGUGCAGCAUCUGGUGAACUCCUCAGAUCGCUUGUUGUGAAGCCAUGAUCAUGAAAUUAAUUGCUGUUUGCGUUGUGGUGCUGGUCUCUUUUGGCAGCUUCUGUGAUGCAAAACCUGUUAAACCUCCCAGACCGCCACCCCUGCAACACCAACAGCAAUUGCAGAUAUUUGAGAAAGAGCUCACCUGGAAAUACCCUGAUGAUCCCCAGCCUGACCCCACGCCUAAUGUGCCAUCAGACCCGAAAUAUCCAGUAACGGUUCCUGCUGCAGCCGUUGCUGUUGAGUGCAGAGAAUCCAUAGCUCACGUGGAGGCCAAGAAGGACUUGUUUGGCAUUGGACAGCCCAUCAAUCCAAAUGACCUCAUCUUGGGUAACUGUCCACCUACUGGAGAAGACCCUGUCGCUCAAGUGCUGAUUUAUGAAGUUGAACUGCAUAAAUGUGGAAGCCAGCUAACUACGACAGAUGAUGCCCUCAUCUAUACCUACUCUCUUAACUAUAGCCCUUCAAAUUUGGGUAUUAGUCCAAUUCUAAGACCCACCCAAGCUGUGAUUGUGGAAUGCCACUACCCAAGGAAGCACAACGUGAGCAGCCUUCCUCUUGAACCUCUGUGGGUCCCUUAUGCUGCAGUUAAGAUGGCUGAGGAGUUCCUGUAUUUCACUAUGAAACUUAUGACUGAUGACUGGCUCAAUGAAAGGCCAAGCUACCAGUAUUUCCUUGGAGACCUGAUCCGAAUAGAGGUUACCGUCAAGCAGUACUUGCAUACACCCCUGCGUGUUUACGUGGACAGAUGCGUGGCUACCAUCUCACCUGAUGCAACUUCCAGCCCCAAUUAUGCUUUCAUUGAUAACUUUGGGUGUAUGGUUGAUGCCUGGAUCACUGUCUGUGACUCAAGGUUCAUGGCUCGCACUGAAGAGAAUAAACUUCAGUUCCAGUUGGAGGCCUUCAGGUUCCAGAAUCCUAAUAGUGGAUUGAUCUACAUUACCUGCCACUUGAAGGCAACAUCUACUGCCCAUCCCAUAGACGGCCAGCACAGAGCUUGUUCCUACAUUGGCGGAUGGAGAGAGGCUAGUGGAAAUGAUCCAGCCUGUGCUUCUUGUGAGUCCGGUGAUGUCGAGUGGUAUGGCAGUCCAGGAAUUUCAUUUAGUAGCACAGGAGGACAACACACUCCUGGUGAUCCAAACGUCUUUUAUCAUCUCCCAUUUUCAAGGAAAAGAACUCGUGAUGUGACCCAACCUGAACUUUUGGAAUGGGAAGGCGAUGUCACUCUGGGUCCCAUCCCCGUCAUGGAGAAGAAACUCUGAAAACCAGAAGUGUCGUAUAAUUUGUCUCUGUAGCCUUGAACACCAAAAUAAACAGUACAAUUGGUUCACACAAUAA